CGCUGUGGAAGGAAGCGGAAAUAAACGUCGCGAACCUUAUGCUAGUAGCUACAUUUAGACUCCGAGGACGGGGUGUAAGCGACAUCACACACACAUCGCUCGGUACCUCUCAAGAGGAAGCAGGGAGUGGAUAAUUACACGACAGGGGUUUUGCUUGUCACGGUGGCAGCAUCGAAACGGCAUAUCUCGAGCGGUAACUUACUGUGACCUUUAUGUGAGGUCUAAGCCCUAAAGGAGUGGGUCAUAGACGGGAGGAGAGACUCGGAGGAAAGCAUCUGGCCACGGAAGCCUGGAUACGUGUUUUUAUUUUUUAUUCAACCCCCUGAAACACAACUACAACCAAGCAGUUUUGCACCAACAACCAUGGAGGCCAUUGCCAAAUACGAUUUCAAAGCUACUGCUGAUGAUGAGCUUAGUUUCAAGCGCGGAGAAGUCCUCAAGGUAUUAAAUGAAGAGUGUGAUCAGAACUGGUACAAGGCAGAGCUAAAUGGAAAAGAUGGCUUCAUUCCCAAGAAUUACAUAGAGAUGAAGGCCCAUCCGUGGUUCUUCGGGAAGAUCCCCCGGGCCAAAGCAGAGGAGAUGCUAAACAAACAGAGGCACGACGGGGCCUUCCUCAUCAGAGAGAGCGAGAGUGCACCAGGAGACUUCUCCCUCUCUGUGAAGUUUGGAAAUGACGUCCAGCACUUCAAGGUUCUUCGUGACGGGGCUGGAAAGUAUUUCCUAUGGGUGGUGAAGUUUAACUCCCUCAACGAGCUGGUGGACUACCACCGCUCCACCUCAGUCUCUCGCAAUCAGCAAAUCUUCCUGCGAGACAUAGAGCAGGUCCACCAGCAUCCCACAUACGUGCAGGCGCUCUUUGACUUUGACCCCCAGGAGGAAGGAGAGCUGGGUUUCCGACGCGGUGACUUCAUCCAAGUCCUGGACAACUCUGACCCCAACUGGUGGAAAGGAGGCUGCCACGGCCAAACGGGCAUGUUCCCCCGCAACUACGUCACGCCUGUCAAUCGGAACAUGUAAACAGUCAGACCAUGUAAACAGCAACAACAACAACAACCACCACAACAGCAACCACCAUCACCACCACCACCAUCAUCAUCAUCGUUCUUGAUCUCAUCAGCCCCCAUUCAACCCCUCAACCACCCCUCCACCCUCCUCUUCGCCAUCCCACGAUAACAGGAGCAGACAGGAAGAAUGCAAACAACCGAAACAGAGAGAGAUAAAACAGGAGUAGAGCUGUCGUAGGCGUCGCUGUGUGGGUGGCAGCUGAGCAAAAAAAAAUCAACUUUUACUUGUGCUGAGAACGUUCACCUCCCCAGUGAACGCCUCGGCGAGGAUUGAACUGUCUUUGAGGGAAAUCUAAAUGCAGAGAAACUAAAGAGUAGUGCACCAACAGUGAAGAUAACCAAAUGAUUCUACCGCUCCCACAGCUGCUUCUGUCCUCUCCUUAACUUCUUAACAUUCUGCCUUUUCUUUUGUGUUUCUUUUUUUUUUCCUUUGCCGCAUGUUGAUUUAAUCACCUAAAUGAAAUGCCUACCGAUAAAUCCUAACUCUGUUUUAAAGAAGAAAAAAAAAAGAUUAAAAAUAUAAAAAAGAAGAAAUGGUUUUAAAAUGUACAAAAAAAAAGAGAGAGAAAAAAGAUGCAAUCUACAGUACAGCAAGUUUCCAUGUUUGAGAUCAUUGGCACGUGAGCAUUGUACAUCAGCCACCGGCUGUAUAAAUAAAUCAACUAUAGAGAGAAUCCAUUUUUUAAGAAUAUAUAUUAUAUAUUUGUAUGUGUUUGUCUGUUUUACCUCUCAUCACAAAUUGUAUUUUUUUUCCAUUUGUAAAUUAUGUUCAAUCUUUUUGUUAGUCUGGAUAAGACCUCGUAGCUCUAGGAUGUGCUGAAUUGUCAAUUUUAUUUUUUCUGAAUCUGAGGGCUCUCAGAUAACACAGCAUGAUAUUUAAGGGGUCAUAAAUUCCAUUUUUUGAGAAGGUUUCUCUUGUCUGUUGCGCAAGGAAAGGAGAGUUAGUUCACUGAGAAGAAACUGAUCCUGUCAGGAAGCUAACGUUGACCAGCAAGUAGAGCCACGAAUGCUGCAAAGAGCUGUCGUACUCCACAGCCCUGUAUAAAGGUCAGCCACCUUUUCAAAGCCAAUGUAUUUAUUGCAGCCAUUUUAACUUGGGCAGUGAAUGUAGCUGACUGAGUCCACAGACAUUAACAUGAGGGAAGCAAGGUCGGAGAACUGAACUACACAAACCACGCAAGGGAUUUUUA